AAGUUCUCCCCACAAAAAAAAGUAUAUAAAUCUAGAGAGAUAAUUAGAGAAAGGAAAAAAAAUGCUUCUCUUCUUAAAAUCAAUAAGUUUCAGAUCUUUGAAUAAUCAAGAUCAUCAAUUACAAGAUUUCAAGAACAAUAAUAGCAGCUGCAAGGAAUUAGCAACAGCAUCAUCAUUAUCGUCAUCAAUAUCAUCGUGUAUAUCUUUAACAGUAUGGAGAAAAUCACUCAUUUUUAGCUGUAAAGGAUUUACAGUUAUUGGGUCGGAUGGAAAUUUAGUGUACAGAGUUGAUAAUUAUUCUGGUAGACGUGACCAAACAAUUCUAAUGGAUGGUUCUGGGAAACCCAUUCUCACUAUAUGUCGGCAUAAGCAGAAGCUAAGGAUAGUAGACAACAAUUGGUUCAUAUAUGAAGGAGAAGUACUUGGAGAUCAUGAUCACAAGACAACAUCAUUAAGAAAGAAGCCUAUAUUUUGUGUAAAGAAACCAAUGAAGAUUUUACAAAGUAACAUUAAUGUACUUGCCCAUGUUUAUUAUCAUGGAACAUCAUCAGACAAGACAUAUUCUUAUAUUAUUGAAGGGUCAUAUGCAAACAGAACAUGUAAAGUGUUGGAUGCAAAAUCAAGAAAUGUUGUGGCAGAAAUUAGGAAGAAACAAGCAGUAACUGGUGGUGUUACUUUUGGAUUAGAAGUUUUUGUAUUAGUUGUAAUGCCAGGAUUUGAUUCUGGUUUUGCCAUGGCUAUGGUGUUGUUGUUAGACCAAAUGUUUUCCUAAGUUGUUUCAAUAUAUGUUAAUUAAUUUAAUGUACUCACAUUUGAAGGAAAUGUGAUGUUGAUCUCUU